GCUAAUGAAGGGACACAUGGCUUUAGUUAGCCUCUGACACACAAACACAUGUAACGUCCUCAUAAAGUCAUACUACACACACUAGUUAGGGAUGGUGUGCAUGUGUGAAGAAGAGACAGAGAGAUUGAGUGUGUGUGUGUGCAUGUGCCCGUGCCACCCCAGGGUGGGAAUGCUAAGACAGACGGGCAGUUUAUUUUUGGGUCAGUGACAGUGUGUCAAUGGCCGCAGAUGAGUCGCAAAGGAAGGCUCUGAGAUACCAGCAGACCGUGCUAUAUGGAGAGUACAGAGAGCACCCUGGUGGGUCUCAGCGGAGAGAGGCUACUCGCCUUCUGAUGGAGAGACAGCGGAAAAAACAUGGACAUCACCACCACCACGGACACUACCAUCAUGCUCACCAGGGGCGCAGUCACAGCCGAAGCCGAAGUCGCCAUCAUAGCCGGCCCCAUCUGGAUCUGGAGAUAGGGAGCAUUCAUGAUAGACCAGAGGAGGAGCAGGGCCACACGUCGUCCUUCAAGAAACGCCGCUCUUACUCCAAAUGCAGAGACUGUGUGGCUCGAGUACAGAAGUUCCUUGUCUCGAAAUUGGGAGAAGACUGGAUCUUUCUGGUGUUGUUGGGUAUUACCAUGGCGUUAGUUAGCUGGAGCAUGGAUUAUGCUAGUGCCAAGAGUCUGCAAGCCUAUAAGUGGUUUUAUGGUGAGUUGAGGGGAAACAUCCCACUGCAGUACCUGGUCUGGGUCUCCUAUCCCAUGGUGCUCAUCCUUUUUGCCUCCCUUUUCUGCCACCUGGUCGCUCCUCAGGCAAUUGGCUCUGGUAUUCCGGAGAUGAAAACCAUACUCAGAGGUGUUGUGCUGAAGGAGUAUUUGACACUCAAAGCAUUUGUUGCGAAGGUGGUGGGACUCACUGCUGGCCUGGGCAGUGGUAUGCCGGUUGGCAAAGAGGGUCCAUUUGUUCACAUAGCCAGCAUCUGUGCUGCUGUGCUCAGCAAGUUUAUGUCGUUCUUCUCUGGAGUCUAUCAGAGCCCAUAUGGUUAUACAGACAUCCUCACUGUGGGCUGUGCAGUGGGGGUCGGAUGCUGCUUUGGAACCCCUUUAGGAGGUGUUUUGUUCAGCAUCGAAGUUACAUCAACCUACUUUGCUGUGAGAAACUACUGGAGAGGCUACUUUGCUGCCACGUUCAGCGCUUUUAUUUUCAGAGUGCUGUCAGUGUUCAAUAAGGAUGCGGUCACCAUCACUGCUCUCUUCCGCACCAACUUCCGCAUGGACUUUCCUUUCGACCUGCAGGAGCUCCCGGCGUUCGCCAUUAUUGGGAUUUCUUGUGGAUUUCUGGGCGCUUUCUUUGUUUACCUGAAUCGUCAAGUUGUCCUGUUCAUGAGAAGACCGAAUAUUCUCACACGAUUCCUUACAAAACACCGGCUGGUUUUCCCUGCUGUUGUGACCUUGGUGGUUACAACACUGACAUUCCCGCCAGGCUUCGGGCAGUUCAUGGCUGGAGAGCUGAUGCCCAGGGAGUGCAUCAACUCUCUGUUUGAUAACUUCACCUGGACUAAAAUAUGGGGAUCCCCCCUCCCGCCGGGACUCGGACGCUCUGCUGUGUGGUUUCAUCCUGACGUCAGCAUCUUUGUCAUUCUUAUCCUCUUUUUGAUCAUGAAGUUCUGGAUGUCUGCAGUUUCCACCACAAUGCCCAUCCCGUCUGGAGCUUUCAUGCCUGUCUUUGUUUUGGGUGCUGCGUUCGGUCGUUUAGUGGGUGAGAUCAUGGCCACUCUCUUUCCCCACGGGAUCCUGUUUGAUGGGAUCCUGUACCGCAUCAUCCCUGGAGGGUACGCUGUCAUUGGUGCGGCGGCGCUGACAGGAGCAGUCACUCACACCGUCUCUACAGCGGUGAUCUGUUUCGAGCUUACCGGUCAGAUCUCUCACAUCCUCCCCAUGAUGGUCGCUGUCAUCCUGGCCAACAUGGUGGCUCAGGGUCUGCAGCCGUCACUCUACGACUCCAUCAUCCAGUUUAAAAAGCUGCCGUAUCUCCCCGAGCUGGGCUUCGGCCAUAUAAGUCAGUAUAAUAUCUUUGUGGAGGACAUCAUGGUGAGGAAAGUGAAGUUUUUAUGUUCGCAGUCUACAUACAGAGAAGUGCUGCAUUUGCUGGACUCGACCUCUUUAAAAACCUUCCCACUGGUCGACUCGAAAGAUUCUAUGAUUCUGUUGGGGAGCAUUGAGAGAUCUGAGCUGCUCGCCCUCUGUGAUUGGUGGCUGUCAGCAGAGAGGCGGAUCCUAAUACAAGGACAGAGCCCACAAGGUCAAGUGCCUUGUGCUAAAAUCAGCUGGGAAUCCUUUGCCUUUGUUGAUGAAGAUGAAGAAGAUGAAGAAGAGAAUGUAGAUGAAAAGACAAUACCAGUUCAAGAAGAGAGAAACGGCCCGGUGCCCCCGCCCAAACCUUCAGAACCGUCCACCAAUCACACGUCUCCUGAUAAGGGUCCUUCGCAGUCUUUCAGGAGACUUUUACGUAACUUAUUUUCGUCCUCGUCGGAAAGACACACAGAAGGUCAGCCCCAGGAGCCUUAUCCUCCACCUUUAACCGACACAAUGACUCCAGAACAGAUCAAAGCCUGGGAGGAGAGUGAAAUGGACAAACCUCUGGAAAUAAACCAGAUCAGAAUAGAUCCAUCACCCUUUCAGCUGGUGGAGAGAACCUCACUACAUAAGACACACACACUUUUUUCUUUACUGGGCCUCAGUCAUGCCUAUGUAACCAAUACUGGAAAAUUAGUGGGAGUCGUGGCGCUGAAAGAGCUUCAAAAAGCCAUCGAGGGCUCGACACGCAGUGGUGUCCGUCUGCGCCCCCCUCUGGCCAGCUUCAGGGACACCCUCCGUAAAAAAGCCUCAAAGCCUCAGGCCUCAUCUCCUCCAUCCUCACCCGUCUCCACCACCGCCCCGUCCUCACCUCUGUCUCCACCUGUGAUCUCCCACUCUCAUUCCCACUCGCACUCCUCCAGCCCACCCGCCCCGGUGGAAGAGAAUAAGAAGGAGAUGGAGGUGUGGAUCGAGGGUGUGAAGCGGGAUGUGAUUGUGGGUAAAAGCAGCAGCACAACCACAGGAAGCAGCAGUAGCAGUAGUCGUGGGAAUGGAAGUAGUGACAGUGAGGCAGGAAGUGGCGACAGCAGCCCGAAUCUGCCGCCCUCCUCGCCUCCACCCCCUAUCCCACUCUCCAACCUGCAAGCUGUCCCGGAGAACAAGGAGGAAGAAGAAAGCGAGGAGCCCGUUUAAGACAAGUGACGUUUGUUUUUCUUUUCUUUGAGGUGAGAUUUUUAUAUAACUCUUUUUUGUUUUGUUUUUUUGUUUUUUUUACUUUUGUCGUUUCAGAGUUUUAGGAUGUCCCCUUGAUCUCCUUUUAGUUUUUCCUGCUUUUUUCUGUUAAAACAUUUCUGUGAGUAGUUUUUAGUUCUUUUUUUCCUCUUCGUGAAAACAGGCUGACAAUUUUAGAGAAAGAAGAAAAGUUUGAGUUGUUUUUUUUUCAUUCUAUAAAAAAAUGUAAAGAAGAAAGUGCUCUCUUACUAAUCUUCUUCCUCUAAGAAAUUCUGUGAAUGUUCCCUUCUUUAUUUCCUGUUUAUUUCUUUCUAUUUUAUUUUAUUUUGUUGUAAAUAAAUCUUCAAAUUCUACCGGGUUUUUCUCUUCCUACCCUUUUUCUUUUGUAAAAAAAAAAACAUCAUUAAUAAUAAAAAAAAAGUCAUAUAUAUCAUAAAACAUGCUAUGAGAUUGUCAAAUAUUUGUCUUCUCCUCAGUAACCUUUAAAAUAUACUUUGGUUUCACUUCAAAUGAAAAUGAAUAUAAAUGAUCAUAACUUUAAAUGUUAGGAAGAGAUGAUGAAGGAAGAUUAUGAAGGAAGUAUUUUAUUUUAUGAGCUAAAGAAGAAAUUGAAGGAACAUUUCACGGCUAUAGUUGUUCAAACAAAUAGUGUCCAGCAGGUGGCAUAUUUUCAGAACAUUUCAAUGAAACAUUUUCUCUUUUGCCCUUAUCCACUCACUGGCUACUUUAUUAGGUACACCUUACUAGUAUGGGUUCGACUCUCUUUUGCUUUCAGAACUGCCUUCAUUUUUCAUGGCAUAGAUGGGCUAAUGGGCCCAAAGUGUGCCAAGAAAAUAUCCCCCACACCAUUACACCACCACCAGCAGCCUGAACCUUUGAUAUAACGCAGGAUGAAUCCAUGCUUUCAUGUUGUUGACGCCAAAUUCUGGCCCUACCAUCCGAAUAUCGCAGCAAAAAUCAACGCUGAUCAGACCAGGCAAUGUUUUUCCAAUCUUCUAUUGUCAAAUUUUGAUGAGCCUGUGCUGCCUCAAGGUUGGAC